AUGAUUCCUCCCUGCGACCCCUCCAUUCUUGAGCACAAUCCUCAAUUCAAACGACUAUAUGAAAACUUAACGAAGAAUCUUCUCGAUCCAGAUGGCUCAACGCGUUCCCAAAGCGCAACUUCAGCGCGCACAGCUGUUGUGGAAGACUUAAAACAAUGCCAAACCCAAAGCGCAAAGAAACGGAUCAAAGAGCGAACACUACGCCAGCUAGCAUUUGCCCCAGACAGCGGCCUACCCGCGGAGUGCCACGAUAACCUCGCAAUAGUAACCCUCUACCUCGAAACCCCCCGCAGCGCUCUGGAACUCGACACGCCAAAACCAGACCCCGAAGAUCAAAACACAGACACAAAACAGGACGAAGUACUCUCCCUCCUAGCCGCCGACUUCGAAACCUUUUAUUCUAGCAUCCCAGCCUUCAUUUUACCAUUUACAACUCUCCUCUCCGCAUCCCUCCAUGAUGCCCGUGCCCUAGCCGCAACAGCCGACUCCCCCACAGACCAAGACCCAGCUUCAGGGUCAGGGGCAUCCGCCCCAUCACAUCCAAAUCACAAUGCCCGCGCUCGAGCCCGUGACCGUCGCGUCCGGACGUCUAUGGCACCUGUCCCACUCCUCUCAGAGCAACUAGGGAAGCGGCUUCGCGCGCUACGCAAGAUCCAACUGUCUCAGUUGCCUGAGGCGCGGAGGGAACUGGCUGCUACGGCGGCAGGGGUUGUUGCUGUGCGCGCGAAGGUGCUGGAGAGGACAGUUGUUAUCCUUGAACGGGCGAAGCAUGGGGCUUUGGCUAGGGCUACUAGGGCCAAGGCUGAUCACUUAGCGACGGUUGCGCAAGGCAUUGAGGGGAAAUUGGAGGUCAUGAGACUUGAGAUUGCGGCUACUAUCUAUACGCCUGAGACUAUUGCUGCGCUUACGAGGUAUAAGCUGCAUCUGAGGCAGACGAAGGAGCGGUUGGACGAUUCGCGUGAGAUGGCGAUUGAGGAGUUGAAGACGUAUGGAGAUAAGGAGGUGUCUGGGUCAGCUGGAGAUAUUCCUGCGGAUGGAGGUACUCUGGCGGAGAUUGCUCGCCAGUAUGGAGCUCUCGCAAGAGACGUCCAAACCGUCAAGAUGGAAAUCGCCCGGCUUGGCGAAUGA